AUGGAGGCGCCACAUGGUCCCGCAGAGGAGCUCCACCACACCGUGACCGUGACGGUGCAGCGGGGGAACAAACUGCAAGGGCGUAAGCCAGAGUUCCAGAGUUUUGUGAAGGUGGAGGUGGACGAGACAGUGUUGGGAGAGUCAGAGAAGAGGGUGAGGGACCCAUCUGAGAACUGCUUUAAGUAUGACUUCAGCUGCAGCUUCCAGUGCUCCAGGGACCCCCAGGCCAUCGCUGAGUUGGCCAGGAAACUCAUCAUAGUGACGGUGUUAGACUUCCUGCCCGAGGAGAAGAAAGCUGAUGCCAGGACCGCAGUGCUGGGCCAGGCUGUGCUGGACUUCCUGCCGCUCCUACAUGGCCAGACCAGUUUCUCAAGCAAAGUGCCUCUUUAUUCAGCUGCUGCCAUUCAAACCAAAAGCCAGGAUAACGACAACAAGGCUCUGACUCCCUGUGUGGACAUGGUGGUACAUGUAUCAGAAGCUUUGGUGUCUGCAGAGGCACUGUCCUCCUCUAACCUGCUGAAGGUCACCGUGGAGACGGCCUUCUCUGUCCCAGAUUCCUGGACACUGCCUUCAGGCUCCUCACCCACCGCCAGCUCCUACACUGCAGCGCUGGAGGUCCCUCUCACAACAGAGAAAAAUCAGAUGCUUGUUUUCUUUGAUGGGACGCUUAAAGCAGGAGGGCUGAGAGAGGAGAGGGGUCGCCAGAAAAAGAGACCCUUCCUGUCCCAGCUGCUGCCUUCAAACACUGUGGUGCCUGGAGCCUUUAUAGAGCCAGAGUCCGUUGAGAAUGAAGACGGGGAACUAAGAGGACAGGGGGAUUUGUUGUUCCGUAAAGAGGCGGAGACAAAGAAAACCCGAGUGAGUUGGGACGUGGAGAUGUGCUGCUUUCUCAACCAAGAGGCCACUAACAGGUUGCGUAAGUCAAUCACCAAAUGCAAACUGUGGCCGGUGGAGAUCAUGAGGUCAAUGGAUAGUAGUAAAGGGCAGCUGCUGGAGGAGACCACAGAGAUCCCCUUUCAUGGAGUGGCCUUUGUGGACAUGGGCCGCCUGCUGUUCCCUGGAGCCACUCGCAUCAGAGGCGCCUACUGCGUACAACCCUUCUCCGAAAGUCUGCUCUCAAACAAGGCCAAGCGAAGUGUGAGUGUGUUAAACAAGUAUGCCAAGGCUGUGGCCACUGCAGCUCGAACUACCUCAGCGAAGAAGGGAGCAGUGAAGCGCUCUGCCAAGAAGCCUGGUUUGAAAACGAACGGAACUGAUGUGACUGAAAUCACGUCUGAAAUGGAACAAGCUGUCAACACACAGGGAAACUUAUAUUUGGAGGCCAGGACGUAUGUUAUGAUUGAGAUUUCACUGGAGAAGCCGCUAAUCCCCAAAACUCCCCCUGAGGAGCUCUCCAGAAGAGUGAUGGCACUGAUCCCUCCUAAACCUCCUCUCGCUGAAGGACCCACCAAAGCUCAAAGUGCCGUGCAGAACUUCUCUCGGCAGGUUGCAAAAGUGGUCAGCCAUGUUUGUGAGCAGGUGGAGGAGCUGUACGGAAAAGACUGUUCACUCUCAGAGAUGAACCGUGAACACAUGAAGGCCGAGGUGAUGGGAGAACUCAACAUGUCCGGCAGAUACUUCACUUUCAAAGAACAGCUAAAGAACGCCAUUAUAAGGAUUGUUCGAGAUAAAAUGCAGAGGACUGAAUCCAUCACUAACCCCAGAGAGCUUCAGGAGUUUGUCAGUAAACUAUACAUCUACCUGGUGGACGAGACACACGUGGCUCUCAACAAGAUUUACACAGAUGAAAUCGAUGUUGAGACAGAAGGCUUUCAUUUGAGUCAAGCCCAGCUCAGACAUUUUGCCAAAGAAGCUCAGAGUGUUGGGGAUUAUAAUCAGGCUCUUCAGUACUACGAAGAGCUGUUAGUAAGGAAUCCCACUGACCCUCUGCACAAGUAUGACUUAGGGAGCUACUACAUGCUGACUGGAGACUACAUGAAAGCUGGAGAGUAUUACCGUUAUGCCGUAGCUACGGAUCAGUCUCACCAGCCCAGUCUGAUCAUGUGUGGUGUCCUGGCGUUCAUGUCUGAGCAGUAUACGAAUGCACAGACUUUCCUGAAACAAGCAGCCACAAUGGAGAGCUAUGGUGUGGAGGCCUGGACUUUGUUAGGCCUGCUUUACCAGAGCCAGGAGGAUGCGAUUCAGUGUGAGGGGGCUUUCUUGGAGGCCAACAAGCUGCUCAGAGCUAAAGAGGACCCGAAGCUGAAGGAGGUGCGGAAGUUCUGGUCUGAGCUGGCGGAGAGGGGCGCAGAGGAGAGAGCUAAGAUGGGGACAAAGACAACUCCACUUACUCCACCGCAACAAACCGAACACCACCAAGAAUCCGAUGAUGGAAAUGAAGAGUGGAGUCAGGACGCAAAGAACCACGAGGAGGAGCAGAGAAUCUUAAAUAGAGUCACAAUUUACACAGAAACAGUCAGCUUCCUGCUGCAGAACUCUGCUGUACAGAUGGCAGAGCGUGCAUUGGCCCUGGAGCUGCUGUCUUCAGAUGGAGGUCGUUCUGUGCGUUACCUCCUUCACCUGGCCCGUCUCCAACUGCUCAGGAAGAACUACAGCAGUGCCUUAGUCAGCCUGGAGGAGGCGCUGAACCACGACGAUGAGAAUGCUGAGGCCUGGGCUCUGAAGGGCCACUGUCUCUUCCUGCAGGGCUCCCUCAGCUCUGCUAAGGACAGUUAUGAGUGUAGUCUGAGCUUCCAGCCGCCUCCACAGAACCCUCACCUGGUGCUGCUCAGGCUGGGGGACAUCUGCCAGCAGGAGGGACAGUUUGAACAAGCCAAACUGGUCCAUCUGCAAGCCUGUGAGCAGUCCCCAUCCUGCCUCACCUGGCUUGGGCUGGGAGCUGCCUGUUACCGGUUGGAGGAGCUGAGCCUGGCUGAAGCUGCCCUGACUGAAGCCAACCACCUGAACAACCAGAAUGCACAAGUGUGGGCCUACCUCUCCUUCAUCGCUCUCAAGUCUGGCAGGAUUAAAGAAGCAGAGCAGUUUUAUAAAUACGCAGUGAAGUUUAAACUCCACAAUGAAGAGCUCAUCAGAGAGUAUACACAAAUACACGACCAGGCGCGCUUCAGCUACCUGGACGACUGCUUUAAAGGAGCUGCCAUUUAACAAACCUGCUGCUGGUUAUUAAAGAAGGAGCCCUGCUGUCUGAUACGAGAGAAGAUGUCCUGGAGCCAGGGGGAAUCUUCAUAGAGCCGUGGGUCUCCCAGACACUCCGCCGUGCGCUUGUAGAAAUAGUAGUAGAGCAC